GCAGCGGCCGCCGCCGAGGGCCCGGCGCGCGGCGCCCUUUGUGGCGGCGGAGCGGGCGGCGCUAGGGCCCGGCGGCGGCCUGCGCUCCCACGCCGGGGGGUUUCGCCCUCCCGCCCUCCCUCCGCCGGGAGCCGAAGAAAGAGCAAUGGCGGCACGUUAGCGAGGCCCCUGGCGCGGCGCGGCCCGGCGGCUGCGGCCCUCCCGCCCCGUGCCGAGCGCAGCGGAUGCGCGCCUCGCCUGCGGCCGCGGCGGGAGCCUAGCGGGGCGGCGGAGGCCGCUUCUCCUCCUCCUCCUCCUCCUCCUCCUCCUCCGCGGGAGGCGGGCAGCGCGGGCGCCCCGCGGAGCGGCGGCCAUGGCCACCGAGCUGGAGCCGCCGCCGGCGGGCGCGGUGCCGGGCGCGGCGCCGCUGGAGGCGGAGGAGGACGAGGAGCACUGGCUCUACGGGGAUGACACCACUGGCAAACAAGAAGAUGGACCAAUUUCUGGACAUGCAGAAUCUUCUCAUCCUUUGCAAGAUGCUCCGCAGGAGAACCGGCCUGCCAGCAGCGAAGACCGAGAGAUGUCACAACAUGCUCUUCCAAGUGGCGAAGAUGAUGAGGAAGACAGUGAUAGCGACAGUGAUGAUGAUGACGUGAAAGUUACCAUUGGCAAUAUUAAAACAGGAGCACCAUCAUAUAUGGGAACUCCUAUGAAUCUAAACUUAAAAACGGGUAGAGGCUACGGAGCGUCUGCUUCAGCCAAGUUGCAGCCCAAAGGUAUUGAUUUAGAUGCCGCAGGGAAUAUAAAUGGAUUGCCUGUUAUAGAAGUGGAUUUAGAUUCAUUUGAAGACAAACCAUGGAGGAAACCAGGUGCUGACCUUUCUGAUUAUUUUAAUUAUGGAUUCAAUGAAGAAACGUGGAAAGCGUAUUGUGAAAAGCAGCGACGGCUUCAGCUCGGACUGGACCCUGCUCCUCCAAUCAGCACUGAAAAUAAGAUCACAGUUCAGCAAGGAAGGACAGGAAAUGCUGAAAAAGAAGUAGAAAACAACAUCAUCAAAACAGAAUUCAAGACAGACUUCUUGGCUCUGGUGGGAGGCCGCAUGAAGGCUGGACCUCCUCCUAAUAGGAAGCUGGGCGGGACAAUUGACGUGAUCGGUGGCCAGGCAGGCACAAUUAGGAGAGUAGAAGGAAGACGUCGUGAUAAACAUGCCUCUGAGGAAAACCCCAUUCAGGUCCUUGGAGACCAUGGAAGUAAGCCACAACCCCCACAGCAGCCCCAGCAACCAUCGCAGCCUCAACAGCCACCUCAGCAACAGCCAUUUGCACCACCAGCAGGUCCGCCGCCUCCCCCUCUCGCUGGUCCACCUCCACCACACUUUCUCCACCCUCCUCCACCGGUUACUUCUGUCCCGCCUCCUCUGCAUCCUCCAGGUCUGCCACCACCCGGACCUAUUCCAGGGUUGUUCCCGCCUCCUCUGGCACCACCACCAGCUCUCCUCAUUCCAACGUUGGAUGGCCAGCCAGCCAGCUACAAUAACAGGCAGCCUCCUCCAUUUGGCUACAACUCUGCAGAUUCAGGUUUCAUCAGCUACCCACCCAUCUCCACAUCUCACACGCCCUGGGUGACAACGGUGGACAAAGGCACAAGCAGUUCCAGCAGCAGCCAUUGGGAGUACUCAGGCUCGAGGCGUGAGAGGGAAAGGGAGCGCGAGCGGGAAAGAGAAAGGGAGAGAGACAGAGACCGCACUCCGACCACUAGUGAAUACAACAAUGAUGAUGAACGAUACCGCUACUACAGCCGAGAGCGCAGCUAUGACUUUGAGCGUGACUACCGCCGGAGUCGAGAUCGCAGCAGGGAGCGGGAGGAUCGUCACCGAGAGCGCAGGCACAGAGACAAAGAGGAGAGCAGCAAGCAUAAGUCUUCAAGACGCAAGCAGCACGAGAGCGAGGAGGGGGAGAGUCAUCGGCGUCACAAGCACAAAAAGAACAAGCGUAGCAAAGAGGAGAAGGAGGCCAGCGAAGAUGGUGCCCAGGAGGGAGAGGAGCAGGAUGCCAAGGAGUAACGCAGGCCUACCGUCAGCCCUCAGGAGGGACUCACUCCUUUCGAACCAGUGUGGCAUUGGUGAUGUUUUGUGUUGGUUUUUUGCUUUUUUUUCUCCAAAGGAAGAGAGGCUGACUGCCUGAGCAGUGAAGGACGUCGCAGUGGUUUGAGAGUUAAGGCUGCACGUGCAGUUAAAUAUUCUUUUUUUUUUUUUUUUUUUUUUUUUUUUUUUUUUUGAUACGAGACAAAAUACAGCAGUACUAGUAUAUAAAAAAAGCACUGAGCUACUCUACUCAUAAAUGUCCCUAGGGAGGACUUCGUUGUAUCAGAUCCUAUGGUUUCUGAUGAAAGAUGGCUUCAGCUAAAACUAAUGCGUUUAGGUGAUAGGUUUUUUUUUUGUGACCAUCAUUCCUUUUUUGAAAAGUAGGACAGUAAGUGCAACUUGAAAUUUAUUGUCCAAAGAAAAGUGUGAUUUAGAUCCUGAGGGCCAGCUUAGAGUCUGGCUUCUAGUAGUGAAAAGUCUCAUUCCCAAAUCCAUUUCUUUAUAGCUACAAGAAUAUCUUCUUAUUUCUUUGUGGCAAGACUGGCAGCAUGUGGGAAGGAACUACUUCUACUGGUGGGUCAUGUGAUCUUACUUCAGUCCGAUGGCUUUGAGAAGCUAAGUGUGUUUACACAGGGUAUGCAAAGACUUUGAACCUAGCUUUUUUUUUAUCCGUUACAAAUGUAGUUCUACCAUGUGUUACACCUGUAAGUGGAAAAUCACAUUCAAUGGAGACCCAUAGUAAGAGCAUGAUUUUCUCUUUAGGUUUGACUAACUUUUUUAUUAAUAAGGGUUGAGCUGAAUAAUCUAGCACACUAGAGAACAUGAAGUCCCAUCUAGCGGUUUGCCCUUAUUGGGUUGGCUUAUUUCUAUUUGGUAUCACCAACACUCCUGUGCAAUGCAUUCCUUCCCCCAUAGAUCUCAAAAUAAAUGCAGUCAAAUUCCA